CUUGACUUUGGAGUUGAACUUGUGCGUCCCUUUAACGCGAGGUUAGUUUUUAUUUUGUACACCGGUUAUAAAGUAUAAAAUAGUUUAAAUAUUGAAGUUGCAUGCUUUAUAGUUAUUGGUAUGUACCAAAUCUACUUUGUGUUGCUUUAAGGUCUCAGUCCUACCCUUUUAAUUUGCGAGUAAAAGUCCUGCACACAUCUAGGACAACAGGGCAACACAAUGGCAAAAAUCGGCAGACUUUCCACCAAGGAUUCUGUGCUUUUCCUGUGUGACAUGCAGGAAAAGUUCAGACCCAACAUCUUCCAGUUUACUAACAUUGUCAGCAAUGCGGCAAGACUGCUCCAGGCCAGUCGCAUUCUUGGCAUCCCUGCUAUUUUGACAGAGCAGUACCCUAAAGGCCUGGGACCCACUGUGCCUGAGCUAGGAGCUGCAGACCUGACGGCUCAUGCUAAAACAUCCUUCACCAUGAUGAUUGAGCAGGUGGAGAAGGAGCUGGAAGCCCUGGGGAAUCCUAAACAAGCUAUUUUGUGUGGAAUAGAAGCACAUGCCUGUAUCGCUUGUACUACUUUUGAUCUGCUUGAAAGGGGAGUGGAGGUCCACAUUGUGGCUGAUGCUGUUUCGUCCAGGAGCCAGACGGACCGCUUGUUUGCUCUGUCAAGACUGAAGCAGAGCGGAGCUUUCCUCACCACAACAGAGGCCGUCCUCCUGCAGCUGGUCCAGGAUGCUAAACACCCCAACUUUAAGGAGAUCCAAAAGCUCAUGUUUCAGCCGUCACCUGACACCGGCCUCCUCGCCUUCUUCAGCGCUCUGUAGAGACGGAUCAGUACACCUUUCCACUGUAAAGAUCACCGCCAUCACAGAAAAAAUGUAUAUAGAAAUAAAGCAAAGUUGCUGCUUAAAAAA